AAGACAAAAAUUACAAGCUGUAGUUUUAGCAAAUAAAACGGUGUUGGUGGAUAGUUAACAACAGGAAAAAUAACAUCGCUAACAAAAUUAACACUAAAAUUGGGGCACUUAACCAGUUUGUCACGGAAAGCUAAAAUGUCACUGUAUGCACCUUAUAAUCCGGUCACUGCCGUCACAUCAAAUGAAUGUGUCUCAACAGUUGAGUUGAGGAUCCGAUGUAAGAACCUCCUCAACAAAGAUAUUAUCUCCUUGUCAGACCCUCUUGCUGUUGUCUAUCUCUUCCAAGGUGGAAGAUGGAUGGAGUUGGGCAGGACAGAGGAAGUGAAAAACUCUCUUCACCCAGUAUUUGGAAAAUCAAUCGAAACAAAAUAUUAUUUUGAGGAAGUUCAAAAGAUUAAGGUUGCUGUCUAUGACAUUGAUAACCUGACUAACACGUUGUCAGAUGAUGACUUUUUGGGAGAGAUGGAAUGUACCCUGGGCCAGAUUGUAUCUUGUAGUCCAUUCACAAAACAUCUCUUAAUAAAUGGUUCUCCAACUCCAACUAAAAGUACUAUAACUAUAACUGCUGAUGAAAUUUCAAAUGCUAAGGAAUUGGUACAACUUCUAUUUGCUGCUGAAGAUCUUGAUAAAAAGGAUUUCUUUGGAAAAUCUGAUCCAUUUCUUGAAAUAUUCCGAGCUUACAGGGACAAUUGGGAACUUAUUCACAGAACUGAGGUAAUUAAGAACAAUUUAAACCCAAGAUGGCAGGCUUUUGAAAAACCUAUGCACACUUUAUGUCAAGGAGACCAUAGUAAAACACUUAAGAUUGACUGUUAUGACUGGAAUAAUGAUGGCAGCAAGGACUUUAUAGGCUCCACGUGUACUACCAUAGAAACCAUGAUGGGUGCAACACAGAAAGCAAUUGUCUGGCCUUUAAUAAAUGAAAAGAAAGCCAAAAAGAAGAAAGGUUACAGAGAUUCUGGAAGACUCGUUCUCAGAUCAAUUAAGGUUACAGAACUUCAUACAUUUCUUGAAUAUGUCUUUGGUGGCAUGCAGAUCAAUUUCACGGUUGCCAUAGACUUUACAGGUUCCAAUGGAGACCCCAGGAAGCCGUCCUCUUUGCAUUACUUAGAUCCCUAUCGACCAAACCACUAUAUGCAGGCUAUUCGAGCUGUGGGCAACAUUUGUCAGGACUAUGACUCUGACAAAUUAUUUCCUGCUUUUGGAUUUGGGGCGAGGAUUCCACCUGUGAUGCAGGUCUCUCACGAAUUUCCUUUGAAUUUUAAUAUGCAAAAUCCUCACUGUGCAGGCAUUGACGGUGUCCUGGCUGCAUACCAAUCAUGUCUCCAUCAAGUUCAACUUUACGGACCAACCAAUGCCUCCCCUAUUAUUUAUCACACAGCCCGCUUUGCACAUGCUGCACAGCAAGCAGAGUCAUCCCAAGGAGCCGCUUCCUACUUUAUUCUUUUGAUGUUGACUGAUGGAGUUUUGUCUGACAUGAGUGAUACCAAAUCAGCGAUCGUGUACGCAUCUACCUUGCCGAUGUCUUUGAUCAUUGUUGGUGUUGGCGAUGCUGAUUUUACUGACAUGGAAAUCCUUGAUUCUGAUAACUGUUUGCUGCGGGCCCCAAAUGGAAAUGUUGCAAAGAGAGAUAUUGUCCAAUUUGUGCCUUUCCGGGAAUUUUAUCGGAGAUCCAGCUAUGAAUCUGAUGGUACAGAUGCAAGUAGUAUUGAACUUGCACGUCAUGUUUUGGCUGAAGUACCUCGUCAAGUUGAAAGUUACUACAAAAUGAGGGGCCUUCCCCCGAAGACCCCACCACAGCGUCCAGCAUCCAUGGAUCAACCAGUUAGUCCCUCACAACCACCACCUUCUGCACAUAUUGCACCACCCCCACCAUCAGCCCCCUCUAAGUCCUCAGAUUAUUCCAAACCUCCU